UAUAUAUCUACUGCUCGUUUAUGAAACAUACGAUGAACAUCUCAAUACUUCUACCGCUGUGCUUUGUGUUCUUGGCUGUGAACUGCGUUUAUGGUGACGAAGAGAAGUUCGUUACAAGACAGGAAUUCGACAAGACGAUAACAACACUGCUAAAACGAAUCGACCACCAACAGACUGUCAUUAACGCUCUCGGAAAAAAGCUCGAAAAACAAAGUGACAUCGGAACCAAGACCAAACGACACGCCCAGACGCCCCUUAUUGCUUUCAGUGCAACUCUGCAAAGUCACCAGGAACAUUUAGGUAUUCAUCAGAAGGUCCUGUUCGACACCGUCAUCACAAACGAAGGGAAUGGGUAUAACCCGCAUUAUGGCGCAUUCGUAGCUCCCGUCAGCGGCACGUAUGUUUUCAGCGCUACCCUUCUUUCUCACGCGGGAGUCAGCGGAAACUUUGAGCUAAUGAAGAACGGCACGGUAGUCUACAGAAUGUACAUGGGCGGCCACGGGGGCGGCGACUAUGACACUGCCGGAGGCUCGAUCAUACUCAAACUUUCGCAAAGGGAUGACGUGGCUAUACAGGCCAUGGAUUCCGUUUCCAAUGGACAAUCCGUACAUGGUGACCUUCAUUCAAUAUUCUCGGGAUUUCUCUUAGCGGAGGCAGGAGAGGAGCUUGUCGUUGGAUAAUAAAUAGAUGUGCAAACGCA